GUUUUCAUUAAUUAUUAAGUUUGUUAGGUGGUACGCGAAAAGAAUUUUAUUUUCGCGAUGUAGGCAACAUUGGUAUUUAUAAGUUAGUGCCUCAAGAUACGAGCUUCGAUACGAUGUUCAAGAAAAAAUUCGAAAGAAGUUGAAGAAGUUCGACAGAGAAUUGUUUCCUGUUUUAUGGACCUCGUCACAACUUUAUAAGCAGAGUAAACAGAGAGUCCCAACAUCUGGAUUUUAUCUUAUCGCAAUAAUCUGCAUCAUUUGUUCGGAACAAGAUGUUAAGACCUUGGGAAAUCGACGUAGAUCAACCAAGUAAGACUGAGCAAUUAUCCAAUUGGAUAAAGGAAGUACGUUGGAAGAAAUUAAUGUGCCGCCGAAAUCGAAAACGUAAUUUACGCAUAGAAGCUGUUUUAUCAUACACUCUUUAUAAAGCUGAAUAUGAACUACGAAGAAAACAGCUUUUAAGGAUUUCACAAUGGCGGAAACUUAAGUCCAAAUUCUUGCCAAAUUCACGAUCUGAUAAUCAUAAUUGCGAAAGCCUGGAAUACUCCGAGAUAUAUCAAAAAAGUAAUUUAUGGGAUGAACCAGUGUGUCAGGAAUUGAGCAGCUUAAAUGAUUUUAUGUUGAAACUCUCUGAAAUUAAAGCUCCAUUACAACGAUGAAUGGGACGAUUAAAAUUGUACCAAAUUUCAUCAUUUGGAUGGAACUGGAAGACUUUGCAGUAUCUACUCGUGUACUAUGGCAUCUAGAAGUUACAUCAUUACCCUGGUGUAUAUCUGGAAAUUUUUUAC